AUGCUUAGUCAAUUUACUUCCAUUCACAAGUUUGUCAACAAACAGCUGGUACAAAGAACAACUUUAACCUUCACGUUGGGAAAAAAAAUUUAAAUUGUGGAAUGUCAUGGAAGAUUCAGAAGUGAUUAUUCAAGCACUAGCUGGUUUGGUUGACACAGAGUUUGUAGCUAAGCAACUUGAGCAAGCUUUCAAAGAUGAGAUUCUAGCAAAUGCUUCGAGCGAGCAAGUGUCAGAUGAAGAAGUCAUGGCUGAUGUGUACCAGCGAGUACUAUUGUCUCCAGCAGUUGAAUCGCUCUUGACCCAAGAAUAUGAACUAUCUGUCCAAAUGCAAGACCUUGUGGAUGAGCAGGAGAGAGAAUGGCAAUAUUUGACUCAAAGACAGACAGAAGAGAUUCAGUAUGCUGUUGACUUUUUGACGGAAGUAGAAGUUAAUGAGGUUUCAGUCCGUCACUGUGAAGAAAGGCAAAUCUUUGAAAGUGGGUGGGAAAGCAGACUCAUAAAUGUUCAAGAAACACAGAGGCUACACUUUAGAGAAUGGCUACUUGGCAUGGCUGAAAUAGUUGAAACUGGAGGACAGUUGCCAAUACGUCCUGAAGACGAUUUCGAGCAUGUUCCUCGUAAUCCGGAGAAUAUUGAUGUUGAAACCGUUUUCCGGCUGGAAGAGAGUUUCACUAUACAGCUGGGGGCUCAAAUGAAACAAACUCACAACUUGAGGUUGAUUUCAGCUGAUGUGUUAGAUCUCUGCAGGUUGCCAUUAACUACUAGCAACGACCCUCAGCGUCUUCAAAUGGCUCUUUCGCUCUAUUCGAGUAAUCAAAGUGGACUGGUCCUGUUAGUCGAUGAUCGGUUAUCAGCCUAUACAGGCAUGGAGAAAGAAUUUCUCCGCAUUUGUCGUAGAGGAGCCGAACUCCACUUUCCUCGAGCCGAUUUGCAACUUGAAAAUGCUCGGAAUACAUUUUCUACGAAUGCUUUCAAUUGGAGACAGCAGAUUUCAAAUCGUCGAAUCUGUGAUGUGGAUCUAGGCAGUAGCCUACCUAAAACGAAAACUCCACGACUGGGUGACAUGUACGUGAGCCGACACUCUAAUCUCGCCCAGGUGCACGUGGUGUUCCAUUUAGUGUCGGACGAUAGCAUUCGAUCGAACGAGAUCAAUUCACGUCACCCAGUCCUUCUGGGUCUUCGUCAUAUUUUGCGUACAGCUGUCGUUUCCGACAUUACCACUUUGACAAUUCCUUUACUUCUGGUACACGAGCUUAGCGAAGAGAUGACUGUACCGUGGUGCCUACGCAGAGCUGAGCUUGUCUUCAAAUGUGUCAAGGGUUUCAUGAUGGAAACGGCUUCUUAUGGAGGAGGCGUUGAUGCUCGAGGCACUGGCUCGUCACCAACCCUGCAAUUCCUGCUUCCCCGUGACGCUGCAGACGAAGUGUUUCAUGCUUUGGCCGCCAUGCUUCCUGGAGUGUUUCGCGUCUCAAAUCCGUUGGUUCUGCGUUCAGAUGCGGCUCGAUGACUUUUUUUUAAAGUAACACAACUAUAUUAUAUAAAGCCAUCUUUCCCUUCAAAGAUGGUUAUCCAUCUAUCCUCAGAGCCGAAUUUAAUAUCCUGCACCUAUUUGCAGCGAUCAAUAUUUGUGAAAAUUGUAUCACAUGGGCCAGCUUAUCGAGUUUUAUACCGGUAAUAAAGUUUCGCCCUCUG